GGCCCCACACACUGUGAACCCAUAUGACACCUUUGAGGGGUGGGAGCCCAGCUGAUCGCGUAAUGCACUUGGACUAAGUGACCAAUAACUGUUGACACUCUCCGACCAUCUGCCUAUUGCUGUUUGAAAGUUCGUCCUCAGUGCAGGUCAACAGGGUUAAACAGCUGCAGUACCAUGGCCGCCUUCCUCCACCACUGCCCCUUCUUGAAAUCCGUUCCUAAGACGGCUUUGCGGAGGACAGGAGGCUCCCUGCUGUCUCUGGCUGAUCAGUGCCCCAUCAUCGCUCGCCAGAUCACCGUGAGCAGCUCCGCCUCCCUGUCAAAGAGCCACCAUCUUCCCACGAUGGACCAAAGGAUGAUGUCAACUCAGACGGCCACUCAGGUGGCUGUGGCCGUGUCGAAGGGCUGCCCUUUUGUGUCCUCUCAGAUUGGGAUGGUCGAAGCCAGUCCGGAAGUGCAGGAGGACGUCAAAGAAGGUCGGGGUAGGAUGACGUCUCUGUUGAAGGGAUUUAAAGAUGCAAUGCUCCCAACAUCGCUUCAAACCAACACCAUCACCCACCUCCUUAAAGACAACAUGGUUGGCCCCAGCUACGACUACGACCGCUUCUUCAUUGAGAAGAUAGGCGAGAAGAGGAAGGACCACACGUACAGGGUCUUCAAGACGGUGAACAGGAGCGCCGAGGUCUUCCCUUUCGCAAAGAAUUACUCCAUCUGUGGGCGGGAGGGCUCCCAGGUGUCCGUCUGGUGCAGCAACGACUACCUGGGAAUGAGUCGGCACCCGCGGGUCCUCAGCUGCAUCAGUGACGCUCUGGACAUACACGGCGCAGGAGCCGGUGGGACCAGGAACAUCUCAGGCACCAGUAAAUUCCACGUGUCUCUGGAGAAGGAGCUCUCCCAGCUGCACCAGAAGGACGCAGCUCUGGUCUUCUCCUCCUGCUUCGUGGCAAACGACUCCACCCUCUUCACCUUAGCUAAAAUGCUGCCAGGCUGUGAGAUCUACUCAGAUGCAGGGAACCAUGCAUCGAUGAUUCAGGGCAUCAGGAACAGCGGAGCGAAGCGCUUCAUCUUCCGCCACAACGACAGCCGACACCUGGAGGAACUGCUGCAGCGCUCAGACCCCAAAACUCCCAAAAUAGUGGCAUUCGAGACAGUGCACUCGAUGGACGGUGCCAUAUGUCCUCUGGAGGAGCUGUGCGAUGUUGCUCACCGCUAUGGAGCUGUGACGUUUGUUGAUGAAGUUCACGCCGUGGGCCUCUACGGACUCCACGGAGCUGGAGUGGGGGAGAGGGACAACGUCAUGCACAAGAUCGACAUUGUGUCUGGGACCUUGGGAAAAGCAUUUGGCUGUGUGGGGGGCUACAUCGCCAGCAGCGCCGCCCUAGUGGACACAGUGCGCUCCUUCGCAGCAGGCUUCAUCUUCACCACUGCUCUGCCCCCGAUGGUCCUGGCUGGAGCUCUGGAGUCUGUGAAGGUGCUGAAGAGCCCUGAGGGGCAGGGACUCCGCAGAGCCCAUCAGAGGAACGUCAAACACAUGAGGCAGCUGCUCCUGGAUAACGGGCUGCCUGUGGUCAACUGCCCCAGCCACAUCAUCCCCAUAAAGGUGGGCAACGCUGAGCUCAACACCAAGGUGUGCGACAUCCUGCUGGAGAGACACAACAUCUAUGUCCAGGCCAUUAACUACCCCACAGUGGCUCGGGGCGAGGAGCUGCUGCGCCUAGCUCCGUCUCCUCAUCACGACCCCGCCAUGAUGGAGUACUUUGUGGAUUCCCUGGUGGAGGUUUGGCAGGAGGUGGGGCUCCGGCUCAACAGCCCGGCCACGGCUUCCUGCAACUUCUGUGACCGCCCGCUGCAUUUUGACCUCAUGAGCGAGUGGGAAAAAUCCUACUUCGGAAACAUGGAACCACAAUACAUUACUGUGUCUGUGUAACACCAGAGUACUUUCUCCACACAUGUGACACCGUUUAUAUAUAAAUUUAAAGCUAUAUUCCAAAUUAUAAAGUCUGCUUCAGGUGCACUGAAAGGAGUAGUAAUGGAUGGAAUGUAUUUGUUUUAAAUCGUUCUUUAACGUCAGCGGUACGAACUAAAUUCCAGUAUUUAUUCCUGUUUUCCUGUUUUCAUAUACACUCAAAUUAUGCUUAAAUAUUAUUAAAGAAAAUUGUGCCUCCUGCGAUUUUAGAUAAACCCUGCACGUCAGGCACUUUCUUAAAUCAUUUAUCAGAGUGUGAUGGUUUGAGACAAAACCGGCUAUCUAUUUCAUGUUGUGUGACUCUCUUGAUGCCAUAAUAUCAUCACGACCGUCAUGUAUUGUUUCCAUUUACACAAGCAUUCAAUUAGUGAUGUUACAAUGAUCAAAUGUAUGAAUUAACAAAGUUCAGUGGUUCAUUUAAUAAGGGAUAAUAAAAAAAAUCUAUAAAAUC